ACCAACAGACUGCAGCGCGGCGUCGGCUACCAGGAUAUUCUGCUAAAACAAAGCUGUGAGAUUCUGCAAAAAGUUAGCUACUGUUUUCACUGAGAUUUCUAAUAAAUGAAGAACCAGAAAAGGGGAUGUGCUUCCGACAGACGCGGGCAGUUCUUCAAAAAUCGGCAGAAGCAGCCAUCCCUGAAGCACCGUUAGAUAAGUAAUGCAUGUGCUGUUCCAUUUACGUAAGUAAAAUAUAUACAGUAGAAUCCACUUAUUUGCAUAAUGGAUUAUCGCAUAAUUCGGGUAUCUGCAUAGAAUUGCCAAAUACCAAACCGUUUCCCAUUCAUUCCAUUAUAAAGAGAUUACAUAUUUGCAUAAACCAUUAUCCCAUAUUUUGGAUAGUUGCAUCGAAUUAUAUCCAAUUACACUGCAUAAUGGUCUUGAAGUAUACGUUAAAAAUCAUCAGAUGUGGUAUAAAUAAACUGACAAUUGCCCCUAUAAAGACACAAACCGCUAAAAUUUAUGAGGGUAGGUGGAGUGUCACCUACAGUCGUUGGCACUCUCUGUCUACUCUCUCAUUCCUUCUGAGUUCAUGCACGAGUAUACAACAUCCGUUAUUAGACAUGUCAUUUGUCAGGCCACAGAGGAAGAGGAACGACUUGACCUUGGCUGACAAAGUCAAGGUCAUACAGAUGCUCAACGGUGUUUUUAAGAUAUCACAGACUGAAGUUGCGAAGAAGUUCAGGUGCUCCCAGUCGCAGGUGUGCAGAGCCAACAAGAACAAGGCGGCCAUCCUCCAGCAAUGGGAGGCGAAUGCCAACCCGAACCGCAAGAGAAAGCGAGAGGGCAAGGAUGUUGAAGUUGAGGACGCUCUUCUCCGAUGGUUUGUGAAUGCCAGAGCGAAGUCCGUGCCUUUGUCUGGUCCCACGCUGAUGGAAACGGCCAAAGCCUUAGCGGAAAGCCUUGGCGACCCGGACUUCAAACCAACCGAAGGCUGGCUGAGCAGGUGGAAGGAGAGAAACAACAUUGUGUUCCGGAGAGUACAAAAAAAAGACACUGACACCCAGUCUGACGAGGACUGGGUAAGAGACGUGCUACCAACCAUCCUGCAGCAGUACGAGCCUGACUGCAUCUACAACUGCAAUGAGACCAGCCUCUUGUACAGUGCAAUACCAAACAGGACUUUAACACUGAAGACAGAGAAAUUCACCAGUGGCAAGAACUCCAUGGACAGGAUAACCAUCUUGUUCGCCUGCAAUAUGUCCGGGACUGACAAGUUGAUACCCUUGGUUAUCGGACAUAGCAAAAACCAAAGGUGCUUCCACGGCCGCAAAGUCCCACUACCUUGGUACGCCAACAAGCAGGCCUGGAUGACCGCAGAGAUCUUUGCUGAGUGGGUUAAGAAGACUGACUAUGAGAUGGGGUGGAAGCACAAGAAGAUCAUCCUGCUGUUGGACAACUGUACGGCCCAUCCCAGUGACAUUCAGCUCUCAAAUAUUCGACUGGUGUUCCUCCCUGCUAACAUGACUUCCUUCAUCCAGCCAAUUGACCAGGGCAUUAUUCGCAACUUCAAGGCACUGUAUAGAUCCCAAAUGUUGAAGAGAAUUCUCCAAGCAGUAGACAACAAUGCAGACAUUGACUCCGCAGCUGACCUGGUGAAGCAAAUAACCAUCCUGGAUGCGCUGUACAUGGUGAGAGAAGCAUGGAAGAACGUAUCACAGGAAACAAUCCGGAACUGCUUUCGAAAGGGUGGCUUCAGUUCUGCGGUCAGCAAGGACGGCGCUAGUGAGAAUGUAGCGGAAACUAGCGCUGUUGUUGUACCACCAGAGGGAAUUGCUACUGACCAGUUUGAAUGGUUUGUGGACAUAGACGCUGGUCUGGAAUCCACCAGAGAUCACGCUGAUGAAAAGAUCUGCCAGGAAGUGAGAGCAGCAGAGGACGACAGUUCUGCCAUGGCUGAGUUGGAUGACAAGGACACUGACCCAGUGCCCUGUGCAGCACAGCUGCAGGCAGCUUUCGAUGUCAUUCGGGACUGGAUGCAGGUCCACGACUUUGCUGACUACAGCAGCUUCAUGGACAUUGAAGGAAGGGUCCAGAGUUUUUGCAUGCAUGCUAAGAAGCAGAUGGCCAUCGCUGACUUCAAGCCCGUCAUCAAGUUGGAAGAUUAAAUCUUACAUGGCCAUUUUCAUGUCUACUAAUGUGUUUAUUAUGAAUAAAGUUAUUGUUUAUUAUGAAUAA